AGUGUCUUAUUUUUUGGUCCUUAGCCUUUACUCGCUGGCUCAGGCUUCGUUCGUCGGGACUGGAGGAGGGCCUGGGACUGGAACUUACCUGCUUUUCUGAAGGAACUCUCAGGAGAAAAGCGAACAAGAAGGCUCUGGGGGCGGAUAGUGCUGCUUUCCCGGCUAGAUAUAGGUAUCAACUUGACAGAUCCUGUGUUUAGAGGAAUUUAUAGAGGGGUUCAAAAGCAUCAAGGUGAUUUACAGGAUGUAAUACAGAGAGCUGUCCAGAUUGGUGUGAAAAAGUUUAUGAUUACAGGUGGAAAUCUAGAAGACAGUAAAGAUGCACUUCAUUUGGCACAAACAAAUGAUAUGUUUUUCAGCACAGUUGGGUGUCAUCCUACGAGAUGUGAUGAAUUUGACAAGAGUGACCCUGAUGUUUACUUAAUGGAAUUGCUGACUCUUGCUGAAAACAACAAGGGGAAAGUUGUAGCAGUAGGAGAAUGUGGACUUGAUUUUGAUCGACUACAGUUUUGUCCAAAAGAUAUUCAGCUCAAGUAUUUUGAAAAGCAGUUUGAACUGUCAGAAAAAACAAAAUUACCAAUGUUUCUUCAUUGUCGAAACUCACAUGAUGAAUUUUUGGAUAUAAUGAAAAGAAAUAGAGAUCGGUAUAUAGGUGGAGUGGUGCAUUCAUUUGAUGGCACAAAGGAAGCAGCAGCUGCUUUAAUUGACUUGGAUCUCUAUAUAGGAUUCAAUGGUUGCUCACUGAAAACUGAGGCUAAUUUGGAAGUUUUGAAGUCAAUUCCUAGCGAAAAACUAAUGAUUGAAACAGAUGCACCUUGGUGUGGAGUCAAAAGUACACAUGCUGGAACAAGAUAUAUAAAAACUUUCUUCCCCACCAAAAAGAAAUGGGAAAGUGGACACUGUUUGAAAGAUAGAAAUGAACCCUGCCACAUAAUUCAAAUACUGGAGAUAAUGUCAGCAGUAAGAGAUGAGGAUCCACUGGAACUAGCCAAUACACUAUAUAACAAUACCAUUAAAGUAUUUUUUCCUAACAUGUAAUUGGUAUGUUUUCCAUUUCCAUCAUGUAUGUAAAAUAUUGUGCAAAAACUGAAAGCUUCAACAAAUGAAAUUAUCUGAAUUAAGUCAAUUUUAUGUAUAAAGCCAGGUCAGGAUUUUUUUUUUUAAUGUCACAUGUAAUGUAUUAGUUUAAAAUGAUGAAAUCUUGUAAUUUCUUCAGAAGCCUGAAAGGGCAGUUUUGACAACUCUGCAAACACAAUAACAAAUCUGAUUUUACAUGAAAAUUAAACAAUGAGUACAUUCCAGUCUAUACUAAAGUUUACUUGAUAUAAGACUGUUUUCAACUGUCACACCAUCUCUGAAUCUUGACUUCUUGAACCCAGCUCAACUACGUUUUCAAAUUUCAAUAAAGUAUCUUAAACACUUC